AUGGCUCAAGGACAUUACAUCUGGAGAAAUGUGUCAGGUCAUAGCACUGAAGAGUGUGUUCCUAACUACCUUGGGGCUGACUACAGUUAUCAGUUGGACGUGGACUACCCCAAAUGCGUGGACAAUUUCCAAAACGGCACCACCAUUAAGCGGCUAAGCCUUAAAAGGAGGCCCAGAGUGGCCACCAAUAGUGCAGAAAAAAUGCAGAGUGGUAUUUCAUCCAGCCAGUGGCAUUCUGCAGAAUCCUUGUCAUCAUCUAGUACUGAUGAUACUAGACUACUGGGCAGGUCUUCUACAACCAGAGGUCGACCACCUCUUCCUCCAGCACAUGGGACAUCCUUGGAUAACAAGUUGCCAAAGAAUGAGGGACCAGCAAUGUCUCAAAUACACACUGAAACAAAGCCUCAGCCUGCUGUAAGGUCUCUAGUUUUACAAAGGCAAACCCCCAUGGUGGAAAAACCCACCGUGGAGACCCAGAAGCACAUGGAGCAGGAGAUGACCAGCCAGCUUCCACCUCAGCCCCACCCUCGUCGACGACUGGCCAGCUUUGGAGGGGUAAGCUCCUCUGGGUCACUCUCCCCCUUCACUGGCCUGGGUGCAUAUAAUCAGAACAACAAUGGGAACAAGCCUGCUGGCACAGGGGGUGAUAUGCAUGGCCACCUUAGCUCAUCCCUGGGCAGUAGAGGCAGCACAGGGUGCCUGAGAUUGAGCCCACAGAGCUCUGGUAGAACCACUCCAGUUGGCCCCAUGCACCUGCAGCAUGUCCGUGAUCAGAUGGUGGUAGCUCUGCAGAGGUUGAAGGAGCUGGAGGAGCAGGUGAAAAUCAUCCCCAUCCUCCAGGUAAAAAUCUCAGUCCUUCAGGAGGAAAAGAGGCAACUCGUCUCUCAGUUCAAAAACCAAAGUGACAAUGAGGACAUGAAUGAUAUGGUCUGGAGGAGAGCUGAUAGCUUGGAAGGUUCUGAUAUUGAGCUGAACACUGAGGAGGAACUAAAGAGCAUAGUGCGGAGCGACCCCACCGACCUUAGGGAGUUCAGGAAACUGACUGAAGAGAUGCAAGCAUUGGAAAGAACCAUCAAGGGUGGACAUUUGCAGGCAUGUCAUGGGAAAAGUCAGAGCCCUCUGCAUGACAAAGCUGUCAAGUCAGUGGCAGUUGGAACUGAUAAAGAUAUCAGCUUGUCUAAACCCACAAAAGAAAACAAAUAUGUGUACACUGAUCAGGUAGAGAUGAGGUCCAUUGCAACAGAGGUUUCUGAAGCUAAUCUUGGAAUUUACACAGAGCGGGAAGCAGAGCUUGAUGCCCAGCAGCUAAUAAUUGGUGCCCUGAAGGAGAGAAUUUGUCACUUAGAAGCAGAAUUGAAAGAAUCAGCCCUUCAGACAGAGAUGAGCCGUCUGAAACUGGAGCUGCAGGCUGCAGGAGUUAGGAACCGAGCUGAUAAAGCAUCUCUUGCUAGACCAUCCACUGCGAGCACAGGCAUUGAAGUAAGGCCUCACACCACAAGCCAAGGAGUUGGUAAUCAUACAGAGGUCCAGGAUAGCAGCACAGGGGAGGCAAUAGAGAUGAAGACUGUGGGAAUAUCUUGUUGUGGACCUGAGCUGAAGAAUGUUUGCACCGGACCAGAUGUACCCAUGAGCUACUGGGAGGUAAGAGAGCGAGUUGAAACCAAAGAAAAGGGUGUGGGGAUCCAGGUUGCUACAAACAAACAAGGAGUUGGGACAGAGAUAAAGUUAUGCGAUGCACAAACCAACACAGACGUACCAGUGGAGAAUCUGGGGUCUAAGAAAAAGACUAAGUGCCACUCAGUGGCUUGUGGGGACUGUUCUGUUGAUGUGAUCAUCUGUGAACCAAAGGAACUGAUUUCUCAGGGUAUGAUCACAGAUCCAGUCAUAGGAGUUGAUCUGGGAAUCAUGGCGUCACCCCAGACAGCUUCCCAGCGUACCAACACUGUAUCUAACUCAGUGUCUCGCUUUACGAACACCAGACAUGCCUUCAACACAGACUCCAGCACUAACACUCUCCUCACUACCCAAGACAAGCACACAAACACCACUCACACUGUUACCAGGUCUGUGUCUGUGGGGAACAGAGUCAGAGACAUCAAAUGCACCCCUGAGACACGUACAAUUGGUGUAGGAACUACAAAUCUGUUAGGAAAUACCUUAAAACAAACACCAGUGACAGUCACCAAAGUAACCCGAGACACUGGUGUUGGGUUCACAAACAUUAAUGAGAAUUUCCUGGUUGGACUGAAAACUCGAAAUAUGGCCUCUGGACCAUCCCAUCUACCUGACCCCAUCAAGACAAGAAGCAUUGGUGUAGGGGAGGGGAGGAUAAGAGAUUUGUCAGUUUCAUCCAGUGCACCUGGCCAGAAUUUCCAGCAAUCCAUACAGUCCCAGUGGGACCCUGAGCUGAACCAUUACAUAGAAAAGAUGCAGAAGCUCCUUGGGGAGCAUGGAGACCUGCUCACAGAGAACUGCACCGAGCAGUACAGCAGUGGAGGAAAUAACAACUCCAAGCUAUCCUGCAAUUACAAAGCUGCAGCACAAGGAGGAACAGAUGUCCAUGGUUUAGAUUCUCAGCCAUCAGUCAGCAAAGAGUUUCAGUCUCCAUCUCAUCUUUCAGUCAACUCUCCUAAAUGUGACAAAGCAAACCCAGGGAUCUGCCAACAGGGUGGUAAUGAAUCUGAGGUGAAAAGAAUGAUACAAAUAUUAGAGCAACAGGCAUCCUCAGCUCUGCAAGAUAGGUCUAGCGUGCUGCGUUCUGUGAAGAAGAAACAGAAUGGUGACCAAGGCUGUAGCAGCAACAGGAAGAGCAUGAAGUUUAUGAGGGUGACCACAGGACUAGACCCAAUGCCUUCUUACGAGCUCUCUGUAAAUGAGAAGGUUCACUCCGAGGAAGUGGAAAAGAGAGGAAACAAAAAAGUACGGGAAGCUUCUCAAGAUGGAAUGCAAGCAAGAAAGGGCAAAAGUGGCUUCAACAAGGGAUCGAAAGGGUCUGUAAAGUCAAACACACAACAGAGGUGUAAGUUAAGUGACAAGAUUUUUUCUGCUUGUCAAGCCUUAAAGAUGCACCUGAGUGAUGACACGGCUCUAUCCAGUAGGGAAUUGCCUGACUGUCUACAAAUACUCCAGCAAGAGUGGUUCUCUGUGUCCAGCCACAAGUCAGCUAUACCUGACACUGUGGAAGACUACCUGUCAGCAUUUCGGGUCAUUUCACCCUCUGUAUUGCUACACAUCGUUAAUAUGGCUGAUAGCAAUGGAAACACAGCUCUGCACUACAGUGUGUCUCACUCCAACUUUGGCAUUGUCAAGAAAUUGCUUGAUGCAGAGGUGUGUAAUGUGAAUCAACAGAACAAAGCAGGUUACACGCCCAUCAUGCUGGCUGCACUUGCAGCUGUGGAAACUCCAGAGGACAUGAGAGUUGUGGAGCAGCUCUUCACAAAAGGAGAUGUCAAUGCCAAGGCCAGCCAGGCUGGUCAGACAGCUCUGAUGCUGGCUGUGAGCCAUGGUAGAAUGGACAUGGUGCAGGCACUCCUGGCACAGGGAGCGGAGGUCAAUCUCCAGGAUGACGAGGGCUCCACUGCACUGAUGUGUGCAAGCGAGCAUGGCCAUGCUGACAUCGUUAAACUACUGCUGGCACAGCCAGACUGUGAUGCCACCCUGACUGACAGUGAUGAAAGCACAGCCCUGUCCAUUGCACUAGAGGCAGGACAUAAUGACAUUGCAGUGCUCCUUUACGCUCACGCCAACUUCUCCAAAGGACAGACGGGGGCAGCUGCUCGUCACAGUGGAAAGUCUCUCUCCUCCUCUGGUGGUAGAAAUAUUUUUGAAUGAUCUGAUGCCCCAAAGCCUGAAUGGAUUUUUCAUGAACCCAAUCAAGCUUAUGAAUCAUGAGGUGAUUCAGUAUCAGAGCCUCCAUAACAAAAGGCAAACAAAGUUAGUCAGACUGAUUGUUUAACAAUCAUAAUUCAGAAUAUACUCAUUCUCCAGUAUCCUGUAUUCUCGUAUAGCAUAUGUAUACAUGGCAUAGUGUGUAUUGUAUAUUAAGGUAAUAUAUGCAUAGCAGAGUAUAUUACUCACUACUACUAAUGUUGUAUCCUGCAGUCAUUUAUUAUACAUCACUUCAAAGGUUCUUUAAUCAUUUUAAUUCAGUUUUUUGUAAAUACUAUUUAUAAUUGCAAUAUUUUAUGACUUCAAAAAUAAGAUACAAAAAGCAUACAGUACAGAAACAUCAAACUCAAAGAUUAAUGACUAAGUAUGUAAAUUAAUACAAAAUAGAUAGUAAAUAGCUACAAAUAGAAGAAAAAAAAAGUUAAAAGGUUGAUUGAAAAAGACUUUGGGAACUUUGUAUUUCCACAUUUUUAUUGUAAUGUAAGAGAAAAGUUUUAUUUGUAUUUAUAAGAUAAUACUUUGCUCUAUCUGUACUGCUUUAUUAGAGACUCAUGGUGCAUGCAAUUAACAUGCAUCUGCAGCACUCCUUUAUGGAUAUGUUGCUGUUGAUAAGCUGAAGGAAUAUUUCAGCACUUUGGGAAAUCUGCUUAUUUACUUUCUGACUGAAAGAUAAAUGAGAGGAUUGAUACAAUUACUCUUUACGUGGUGUCUACAUUGUAAUGUAUAGUUUUGACACUGAUGAAGGCUGCACAGCUGAAUGAUUUCUCCUCUGUGAAUAAAAUGACUUCUCAUUACUAA